AUGAAAGAAUCUACCGAUCUGGAAUCUCAAAAGCCUACUCCGCAGAUCAAUUCCCCGCAUGACUCGGAUACGGAAGAAGCCUCCAAGCCACAACCACCCACGGGCUACGCCAUUCAAUUUUGGCGCAAAUGUCUUAUCUUAUUCGUCGUCAGUUGGAUGACCCUCGCCGUCACAUUUUCUAGCACGUCCUUGUUACCGGCAGUUCCUGAAAUUGCGGAGCAGUUUUCGACGACGUCGGAAAUCCUUGAUGUUAUUAAUGCGGGCGUGCUCAUUGCAAUGGGCUUUUCUUCCUUUAUUUGGGGCCCUAUCACUAAUGUUUUUGGUCGGAGAAAUGCUUACAAUACCGCGAUUUUGGUUCUCUGUGCUUGCUCAGCUGGCACUGCUGCGUCUAUUAAUUUGCACAUGUUUAUUGCAAUGCGCUUGCUCAGUGGUUUCACGGGGACGUAUUUCAUGGUCGCGGGACAAACCAUCAUUGCCGACAUUUUUGAACCGGUUGUGCGGGGAACAGCGGUUGGCUUCAUGAUGGUGGGAUCUGUUAGUGGGCCUGCAAUUGGUCCUUGCAUUGGAGGUAUCAUUGUCACAUUUGCCCACUGGCGUAUUAUCUACUGGCUUCAAUUUGCCAUGACUGCACUCGGUUUGAUACUUUCUCUUCUUUUCGUACCAAAUCUCGAGGCAAAGAAAGAGAAAAAACCACCACGAACCCUAUCGUUCGUGUUGAGCAUGUUCAACCCGCUCCGUAUCUUUGGACCAUUUAUUUAUCCAAACGUCUUUCUCUCUCACCUUACAUGCGGUCUAUUGGCAACUUUCCAAUAUGCACUCCUCACCUCUGCCCGUUCCAUUUUCGAUCCCCGAUUCAACCUCACUUCCCCACUGGUCAGUGGUCUCUUCUAUCUUUCACCAGGAAUAGGUUUCCUCAUUGGAAGUGUAAUGGGUGGCAAAUUAUCCGACCGCGCUGUGAAGAACUGGAUCGUCAAGCGAGGCGGAGUUCGUCUCCCUCAAGACCGGCUGAACAGUGGACUGAUCACUCUGUUUCUGGUGUUACCCAUCGGAACAUUGAUUUAUGCAUGGACUCUCGAAGAGGGUGUGGGCGGGAUGCCCGUGCCCAUCAUUGCUGCGUUCUUUGCAGCGGUUGGACUCUUGGGGUCAUUCAAUGGGUUGAAUACAUACUCAGCAGGCAAGUUUGACUCUGCAGUAUCUAAACUCUUGUCUAACAAUUGUCUAGAGGUUAUGCCGAGCAUCCGAUCUGAAGUUAUCAGCGGCAAGUAUGUUGUGCAGUAUAUCUUCGCUGCCGGUGCUACUGCGGCCGUUGACCCUCUGAUUGAUGCGAUCGGGGUGGGUUGGACAUUCACGAUCUGUGUUUUCUUUGCUAUCAUUGGUGGUGUUAAUGUUUGGAUAAUCACAAAAUGGGGACUCGACAUGCAACGAUGGGUUGAGGAAAAGUUUGGCCUGGACGCUAAGCCGCUAGCCUGA